UGCACGUCGAGCAUUCAGUAGACUCGGCCAUUUCUCUCGCGAAGCGUAGCGACUCGCUCAGCCGCGCGACUGUUUUUUUUUUUCGCGACUGCACCGUGCGGGUACUCCCGGAAGUUUUGCAAAAUAACGCGACGCAAAAGGAUGAUACACUCCGGGCGCACCAGGCUCGAGAAAAAAGUAAGUCUCCAACAGUUAGGAGUGGGAGGAGGGGGCCAAGGGGUCGGACAAGGGAUACUGGCGGUCGAGGAGACGGAAAAAGGAAGCGGCGGUGGACAAUGGUGGAAGCAGCAGCAUCCAUCCUAUCAUCACCAUUAUCACCAACAUCAUCAUCAUCAACAACAUUAUCAUCAUCAGGGCGGUUAUUACACGCAAUCGCAUACUCACAACCCUGUCACUACCAUGAAGCAAUCCUACAUGCAGCUAACAUGGGUGUUUCACGAUGACGAGGCGCAGAUUAACAAGAAACUGCCAAAAGAAUUGCUACUCAGAAUUUUUUCGUACCUCGAUGUCGUAUCGCUAUGCCGUUGUGCCCAAGUAAGCAAGGCCUGGAACGUGUUGGCGCUCGAUGGGUCCAAUUGGCAGAGGAUCGAUCUUUUCGAUUUUCAACGAGACGUGGAGGGACCAGUAAUAGAAAAUAUCUCGAGGCGUUGCGGCGGAUUUCUCAGGCAGCUCUCGCUCAAGGGAUGCCAGAGUAUCGGCAACAACUCGAUGCGCACCCUAGCCCAGUCGUGUCCCAAUAUCGAGGAGCUCAAUUUGAGUCAGUGCAAGAGGAUCUCGGACGCGACAUGCGCGGCCCUCAGCAGUCAUUGCCCCAAGCUCCAGCGGCUGAAUCUGGACUCCUGUCCCGAGAUAACGGACAUGUCCCUGAAGGAUCUCGCGGCCGGUUGCCCGCUGCUCACUCACAUCAAUCUCUCGUGGUGUGAGCUGCUCACCGACAACGGGGUCGACGCGCUCGCCAAGGGCUGCCCGGAACUCCGCAGCUUCCUGAGCAAGGGUUGCCGCCAGCUGACGGAUAAGGCCGUCAUGUGCUUAGCGCGCUACUGUCCUAAUCUCGAAGCGAUCAAUCUACACGAAUGCAGGAAUAUCACGGACGACGGAGUCAGAGAACUUAGCGAACGGUGUCCACGGCUGCAUUACGUUUGCCUGUCGAAUUGCCCCAAUUUAACGGACGCGACGUUGAUUAGCCUGGCACAACACUGUCCACUCCUCAAUGUACUCGAGUGCGUCGCGUGCACCCAUUUCACGGAUACGGGUUUUCAGGCCCUCGCGAGAAACUGCAAACUGCUCGAGAAGAUGGAUCUGGAAGAGUGCCUUUUAAUCACCGACGCUACCCUCACUCACCUGGCGAUGGGUUGUCCGAGAUUGGAGAAACUAAGCCUGUCACACUGUGAGUUGAUCACCGACGAAGGCCUCCGACAAAUCGCGCUGUCGCCGUGCGCGGCGGAACACCUAGCCGUCUUAGAGCUGGACAACUGCCCGAACAUCUCGGACAACGGUCUGAACCAUCUGAUGCAGGCCUGUCACAAUCUCGAGCGUAUCGAACUUUACGACUGCCUACACAUUACCAGAGAGGGCAUACGUAAACUUAGAGCCCAUCUACCGAACUUAAAGGUGCACGCGUAUUUCGCACCGCCGACUCCGCCACCCAGCGCGGGAGCCUCGCGACAACGAUACUGUCGGUGCUGCGUCAUUCUGUGAUUUUGCCUUCAACUCCUAACUCCGAAGUAAAAAAUCGUCCGAUAUAUAUACCCACGGGAUUAUAGUGGACCUUUAUCGGUGGUCGCUGCCUGCGGCGAUUAUGGGACCUCUCUCUCUAUCUCGUGGUUACCGGAGGAGCGCUCCGGUUGCCCAUCACACACAUUGAUAAAGUGAGAACGGGACUCGUUGUCAAUUGCAAAUCGUUAAAUCGAUUCAAGCGACACAUGCAACGAGUGAAGUACGUCACCAUCAUCAACACAGCCACUGAUGCUACUACUGCAAUUACCACUAUGACCGCUGCUGCUGCUGCUGCUGCUGCUGCUAUUACUACGAUUACUACUACUACUACCGCUCUUACUACACUUAUUAUUAUUAUUAUUAUAAUUAUUUCUAUUUGUACUCCGUUACUCUCGAUAGUAAGUGCAUCGCCACUAUCUCGGUUUAUAUUGCGUGCGGGAAGUUAGUCUGCAAAGGAAAGAAAUUCUCAGGUUUCCUUAGCGAUAUUAUCGUUUUUCUAUGAUCUUCAUUUAGCGUUCGUCCACGAUGAGAAGUGACGCGCGCACGUGCGCGCGUCCGCGCGUUUUCUGAGCCAGCUCGCGAUACAUACGGAAGCGACGUAUUCGAAGACCGUACGAGCGAGCUUAUUUUGAUUAGCGUUCGGACGCGUAUUUUCCUAGCGCUACGCGAGCAAAGUUUAUCGAUUUACGUUUGCUCGAUAAACAUGAGAUACUUAUUUUAAGAUACGCGUAAAUGUCUUAUAAAUAUCUUAAUGAGCACCCCGCGAUACUACCGAUGGGACGUGAAAGAGGAGACGGUAGUUUUAGGGGCAAUGUGAAGUCGAGCGUAAUAAUUGCGUGCAAUUGUAUCCAGAAGUCGAAUUUCACACACAUCUCGACGUGUAACUGUAGCAGUUUCUCAACGAACACUGCCUAUAAUGCUAUUGAUAAACGAGAAAAAAAAGAAGAAAAAAAGGAAAAAAAAUACGGUAUAGCGACCGCGAAUCGAAUCUCGUCGUAAUAUUUAGGGUAUUCAACUAUCGUUUAUCGUAUAAACGUAGGCAUAUACGCACCGACAAAGUACGGCUCGGUGAAAGUGUUUCUUCUCGGUGUCUGUUUAAAAGUAUUAACGGAUCGCGCGUACCGUGAUUACCGAGCGACACCUACGAAUUUCUUUCCUUUCGUAAAAAAAAAAAGAGACGAAAAAGAAGAAGAAAAUAGGAAAAGAGAAAGAGAAAGAGAGAGAGAGAAACAAAGAAGAAUGCGUGUCGCGGAAAAUUUUUCGCAACAAAGGCGCACAACUUUCAACUUUUAACGACAGAAAUUUCGAUGUAUUUGUGAUCGUGGACACUCGAGACGGAGAGUGAGAAUGAGGAGGAGGAGGAGGUGGAGGACGCUCGAGUAUCGUCUUUGAAGACUCGUACGACUCGACCGCCGCUGGCGCGGCUUACAGCGCUGGCGCGCGAUGAGAGAUGCAUUUUACAUCGAUUCGCGGGCAGACGGUAUUUACGCCCGUGUAUCGUAUCCUCGAGUACCCGUGUAAAACGUAAACACCACUUCUCCUCGACAGCCCGGACAUCUAUUCUAUUAUUUCUUUUCUCCGUUUUAUUCUUGUUUUCUUUUUUGUUUUUUUUUUGUAACUUGUCAUGGACUAGGAGAGCACAGACUGACAAACGAAUCAAAGCGUUAAUGUGUUAAACCGAUUAACUUCGUGCCGGCGGCGAACGGCGCUGGCGUUUUUACUUUUUAAGCCUAGGUUUAAAAGAAAAAAAAAAAAGAAAAAACGGAAUGGCGGCAGUAUCAUGAAGUAUCACGGACGUAUCGGACGAAGAGCGGCGGUUCGGCGGACCUCCGCGCGCGAUCUUCGCCCCACAACUGAUCCCGGAUACGCCGUGACUACAGUGACGAAUGUGCCCGAUGGUGAGGAACAAACAAACAAACAAAAUAAACAGAAAAGACGUUUAAACUCCGACCCAGUGCUUGUAAGGAGCCCCGAUCGCAAGAUCGGCGCCAUCAUCUCGGAUCACGGUAUUGUUCGAUGAAGCAGCCGAUUUGUCGCGGAGGACCUUCGCGGGCGCGUUUGUAGCGCCGCGAAGAGACGAGCGAGCGUUCGUAACAAGAUGUGAAACACAUAUAGUCGAACGUGGGUUUCCCCGAGGCCCCGGGAAACGGACCACGGGAAGACGAGCAACCCCUGUACACGUGGAUUACGAUUUUCCAUUUGAUUGUCACACACGAAAGAAAUUCCACAGCGUAGCAUCUCCGAGAGUUCUCGCGACGGAACUUCACGGCGGAUUUGGGUUUCGAAUCGACAUAAUUUAUUUUGAAUAUAAAAGACACACUGCACAACGCAACACAUAUACGCGCGCGCACGCGCGCACAUACCAUACAUACAUACAUACAUUGGCUAUAUUUUUAGAAAGCGUACCCUUGCCAGAUUUUUACUAAAGAAAGCCGCGGACGCAUUUUGAACGCGUUUAAUGGCCGGUCGAAGACCGACGAGCGAAAUUUUUAAAAGCGGUCCAGUUUCGAAGUGCAAUAUCCGUCAGACGCGAAACGCGCCUUCGUUUUUUCUUCCUCUGUCUUUGAUUCGUGAAUCGUAAACCCGGUUAAUAAUCGCGACGCGGCGCGUCGUCGCGUUAAGCAAAAAGCGAGAGGGGGAAGAAAGAAACACGAAGUAUCGAUUGUUAAUCCUUUGGUAGCGUGUAAGAGACGUAUCGCGUAUAUAUAUUGAAGUAUAUAGCGUGUAACAGAAAAAAAAAAUAACGGAUGCGGCAACCUAGGUAUAUGAUACAACAGUAAAUAAAUAUAUAGAUAA